CAGAAGCAACUGGCCCCCAUGCCUCUACCUCAGAAGGAACCAACCACCAUAGCCCAGCAACCUCAGCAGGUGUCAUCCAGCUCAAAUGCCCCUGCAGCAGAAGCAACCGACCGCCGUAGGCCAGCAAGUGUGGCAUCCUGCUCAAAUGCCCCUGCAGCACAAGCAACCGACCGCCGUGCCCCAGCAAGUGUGGCAUCCAGCUCAAAUGCUGAAGAAGCAACCGACCGCCGUGCCCCAGCAAGUGUGGCAUCCAUCUCAAAUGCUGCAGAAGCAACCGACCUCAGUGCCCCAGGAAGUAUGGCAUCCUACUCAAAUGACUGCCGUGCCCCAGCAAGUGUGGCAUCCAGCUCAAAUGCUGCAGAAGCAACCGACCGCCGUGCCCCAGCAGGUGCGGCAUCCUUCUCAAAUGCACCUGCAGCAGAAGCAAACGACCGCCGUAGCCCAGCAAGUGUGGCAUCCUGCUCAGAUGCCCCUGCAGCACAAGCAACCGACCGCCGUGCCCCAUGAAGUGUGGCAUCCAGCUCAAAUGCUGCAGAAGCAACCGACCGCAGUGCCCCAGGAAGUAUGGCAUCCUACUCAAAUGCCCCUGCAGCAGAAGCAACCAACCGCCGUGCCCCAGCAAGUGUGGCAUCCUGUUCAAAUGCUGCAGAAGCAACCGACCGCCGUGCCCCAGCAAGUGUGGCAUCCAGCUCAAAUGCUGCAGAAGCAACCGACCGCAGUGCCCCAGGAAGUAUGGCAUCCUACUCAAAUGCCCCUGCAGCAGAAGCAACCAACCGCCGUGCCCCAGCAAGUGUGGCAUCCUGUUCAAAUGCUGCAGAAGCAACCGACCGCCGUGCCCCAGCAAGUGUGGCAUCCUGCUCAAAUGCCCCUGCAGCAGAAGCAAACGACUGCAGUGCCCCAGCAAGUGUGGCAUCCUGCUCAGAUGCCCCUGCAUCACAAGCAACCGACCGCCGUGCCCCAGGAAGUGUGGCAUCCAGCUCAAAUGCUGCAGAAGCAACCGACCGCCGUGCCCCAGCAAGUGUGGCAUCCAGCUCAAAUGCCCCUGCAGCAGAAGCAAACGACUGCAGUGCCUCAGCAAGAGUGGCAUCCUCAGUUUCCCCAGCAGAAGCAACUGGCCCCCAUGCCUCUACCUCAGACGGAACCAACCACCAUAGCCCAGCAACCUCAGCAGGUGUGUCAUCCAGCUCAAAUGCCCCUGCAGCAGAAGCAACCGACCGCCGUAGCCCAGCAAGUGUGGCAUCCUGUUCAAAUGCUGAAGAAGCAACCGACCGCCGUGCCCCAGCAAGUGUGGCAUCCUGCUCAAAUGCCCCUGCAGCACAAGCAACCGACCGCCCUGCCCCAGCAAGUGUGGCAUCCAGCUCAAAUGCUGCAGAAGCAACCGACCGCCGUGCCCCAGCAAGUGUGGCAUCCAUCUCAAAUGCUGCAGAAGCAACCGACCGCGGUGUCCCAGGAAGUAUGGCAUCCUACUCAAAUGCCCCUGCAGCAGAAGCAACUGACCGCCGUGCCCCAGCAAGUGUGGCAUCCAGCUCAAAUGCUGCAGAAGCAACCGACCGCGGUGUCCCAGGAAGUAUGGCAUCCUACUCAAAUGCCCCUGCAGCAGAAGCAACUGACCGCCGUGCCCCAGCAAGUGUGGCAUCCAGCUCAAAUGCUGCAGAAGCAACCGACCGCCGUGCCCCAGCAAGUGUGGCAUCCAUCUCAAAUGCUGCAGAAGCAACCGACCGCGGUGUCCCAGGAAGUAUGGCAUCCUACUCAAAUGCCCCUGCAGCAGAAUCAAACGACUGCCGUGCCUCAGCAAGUGUGGCAUCCUGCUCAAAUGCCCCUGCAGCAGAAGCAACCGACCGCCGUAGCCCAGCAAGUGUGGCAUCCUGCUCAAAUGCCCCUGCAGCACAUCCAUCUCAAAUGCUGCAGAAGCAACGCCCUGCCCCAGGAAGUGUGGCAUCCAGCUCAAAUGCCCCUGCAGAAAGCAACUGACCGCCGUGCCCCAGCAAGUGUGGCAUCCAUCUCAAAUGCUGCAGAAGCAACCGACCGCGGUGUCCCAGGAAGUAUGGCAUCCUACUCAAAUGCCCCUGCAGCAGAAGCAACUGACCGCCGUGCCCCAGCAAGUGUGGCAUCCAGCUCAAAUGCUGCAGAAGCAACCGACCGCGGUGUCCCAGGAAGUAUGGCAUCCUACUCAAAUGCCCCUGCAGCAGAAUCAAACGACUGCCGUGCCUCAGCAAGUGUGGCAUCCUGCUCAGUUUCCCCAGCAGAAGCAACUGGCCCCUAUGCCUCUACUGCAGAAGGAACCAGAAGCAACCGGCCACUGAACCUCAACAGAAGGAGCUGA